AGGAUAUCAAGAUCCUGACGCAGCUGUUCACGAACAUCACGAACGGCUUCUACGUCGAGUCGCACGCUGGGGACGGGGAGCACGGCAGCAACACGCUGCUCUUCGAGCUCGUGGGCUGGCGCGGGCUCCUCAUGGAGCCCCGCAUUUUCCAGUACAUCGCAAUGUGGGGGAAGUUCCGGAAGGCCUGGCUGUUCAUGGGGGGCGUGUCCCCGACCAACGAGCCCAUGAAGGUCGGCUUCGACGUCAACGGCGACAUAGACAUGCUGAGCGGGCACAUGGUCCACGCGCACCCCAUGCCGAAGUUCCUCGAGGAGAUCGGCAACCGCAAGACGAUCGACUUCUGGUCCCUGAACAACGGCGGGUACGAGCCGGAGGUCAUCAACGCCACCCUGCACCCGGCCAACGGCUACCACCUCGAGGUCGGCGUGAUCUGCGUGACCAUGAACCAUCGCCUGAGCGGCAGGGGCAAUGACCCCUGGGCGGUGCUGAGGUCGCGCGACGACACCGAAGAGUUGCUCUUCCAGACCAUGCACAAUUUAUCUUGGAAUUACAUCGGAGGCCUCAACCCGAAGUGGAUCAACACCAUCGUCCCACGGUGGUACUGGCAGGACGCGGUGUUCGUGAACCCCGAGUACUUCAUCGCCAGGGGGCUGCCUGUGCCCACGGCGAUCAAGUCGGCGCCCCCCACCCCGCUGGAGGAGCCAGACCAACUGAGCCUCGCGCAGACCCCGAGCCACGAGGACCACAUCAUCGAGACGUGGGACGAGGGCUAUUCGCACGAGCAGGAGGCCGCCCUCAUCGUCGAGUACAUCAGCAGGAGCAAGGAGGCCGCGACCUCGGACGAGACGGUCCCCAAGGCGCACCGCGUCGAGGAGCAGUGGCUCUGGGGCGCCGAGCACGCCUGGAAGGACCCGAGGCACUACUGAGGCCGCGGCCUGGGCCGGCCCCGAUCCCUGUCCCAGUCCUCGUCGUCGACCGGGCGCGGAUGAUCUAGCCCCACCUCGGCGAUUGCGCCAGGUGUGGCGACGCCGCGGUGCGCGUGGUUUGCGAUCCGCGGGGGGAGGGGGAAGGCUUCUUACCUCCUUCUUACAAGCCUCCCCCCCUCCCCCUGACCCCUUUUAGCGCGCCGCCACGUGUGGCUACGCUGCGGUGUGGCUUGCGAUCAGCGCCGCUGGGGCCCAAGGCCCGCCGCGCUGCGCCAGAGGUGUGGCGAGCCCCCGCCUGGGCGUGCCAGUGGUCUCUGUCGAGGUCCUCACCCGCCCCCCCCCCUUGGGGCGCGGGCUGCACACCCGUCGGAGUCGCCGAGCAGUCGUCGCCACCGAGACGGGAACCCAGUGACGGCGUACGUCGUCAGCGCGCCGGCAGGUGCAGGAGCCAGGGGUGUCACUGUCGCGCCGGGUGGUGCAGGAACGUGGCAGGAGAAGGCCAACUCCGUGCGUCGGCCAAGACGUCCCGUGUGCUGUGUCCCCAUCAGGGUGGCGCAGCCUUGAUCUUCCCGAGCUUUGCGAAACUUGCGCGAACUUGGAAGCCGGGUGGCGGAUACCGCAUGAUCGAAUCUAUGAACCUUCGGGGUCCCGUGCGGAUUUCAGAAGUAAUCCGCGCGGACCUCCGGAAGUUGGCGUACGAUCUUGCGUCUUGCUUUAGGCCUUAGGCUGCAUCUGCACGUCGUUGCUUUCAGCUCCUGCUUCCUCCCCAUCCUCCGCCUCGGUGGGGGCUUCCAUGCCGAGCCCGCAUCGAGGUCUGCCCUUCCCGAGCCUUGCGAGGAGCUCUGAUCCUCGGCUCGCUCGCGGCCGAUGCUGUGCGCGGCAGUGCGGCGAACUUACAACCAGUCAUCCAAGACGCCGGAAACAAGAG